GUUCCCGGUCCUUCUGCUUCCGUAAAUGCCUCUUCUCUUUCUUCAGCUGCCUCGGCAUCCACUCUGGGAGGCAAUUUGCCUUCCUCAGCUACUAGUUGCCUUUUACCAAUCUUCUGGCAACUUUUUAGCUCGCCAACGUGUCGUGGUCUUAUCAGACAAAAUCAAUUUGGAAAUCUCCAACAUUAUUUUCUUCAAAAGACGAUUAUCAGAGCAGUUGCUACUCUUCGUGUCCAGCAAGUUUGUCCACGAGAAGUACUCUCGUUUCUAAUGGAAUUAGCCAAAUAUAAUGACAAUUCUCGGAAUUCUUUUUCUGACUCCUACUACACAUCAGAAUUAAUCAAAGCUAUGAAAGAUACGUUGACACCAGCCAUUAUAGUGCGCGGCAGCAGUUCUGUGUCUUCCUUACCUUGGGAGGCAAGAACCGUAGUUGAAGAAGCUGUUAGAUGUCUUAAUAUGGAUACACAGAUGCCUAGUUACAAGGCCGAUAUAAGUCAGAUUUUAGUUUAUAUAAGCGAAUUAGAAACAUUUUCAAGGAACAAGGCUAGAUAA